AGACCAGGCUGUUAGCACAACACGGACAGCCAAUCCCGCUCGGCUCGACUCCCAAGUAUACCUGGAGAUUUUAGACACGAAUAAAAACUGUCUCUACUGAGAAGACCUGACGGAACCAUGACAGGUACCGAGUGAAGAAUUAAUAUCGGAAUAUCAUAAGAACACUGUGUGUGUUCCGGAGGCGUUCGCUGUUCGAGUGAGCACCUUUUGGUUCGGAGCGCACACAUACGCACGCAUCUGAGCAGCGAUGGGCGCUUGGACGCUGCUGCUGUGCGUACUCGCCAUUGUGAGAGGCAGCCUGGGGGCGGAUACUGAAGAGCGGCUGGUGGAGCACCUGCUAAACCCCGCCCACUAUAACAAACUGAUCCGCCCAGCAACCAAUGGCUCUGAGCUGGUGACGGUUCAGCUGAUGGUGUCACUGGCUCAGCUCAUCAGUGUGCACGAGAGAGAGCAGGUCAUGACCACCAACGUAUGGCUCACACAGGAAUGGCAGGACUACCGUCUGACGUGGGUCCCUGAGGAGUUUGAUGGCAUGGAGAAGGUCAGACUGCCUUCCAAACACAUCUGGCUGCCCGACGUUGUGCUGUAUAACAAUGCUGACGGAAUGUACGAGGUCUCCUUCUACUCCAACGCGGUGGUCUCCCAUGACGGCAGUAUCUUCUGGCUGCCUCCAGCCAUCUACAAGUCAGCCUGUAAGAUCGAGGUCAAACACUUCCCCUUCGACCAGCAGAACUGCACCAUGAGGUUCCGCUCCUGGACCUACGACCGCACAGAGAUCGACCUGAUCCUGAGGUCCGACGUGGCCAGCAUGGACGACUUCACACCCAGUGGAGAGUGGGACAUCAUCGCCCUGCCGGGGCGCCGCAACGAGAACCCUGCCGACCCCACCUACGUAGACAUCACCUAUGACUUCAUCAUCCGCAGGAAACCUCUGUUCUACACCAUCAACCUCAUCAUCCCCUGUGUCCUCAUCACCUCUCUGGCUAUCUUAGUGUUCUAUCUGCCCUCUGACUGUGGAGAGAAGAUGACCCUGUGUAUCUCUGUCCUGCUGGCCCUCACUGUGUUCCUCCUGCUGAUCUCUAAGAUCGUCCCCCCCACCUCCCUGGACGUUCCUCUGGUCGGGAAGUACCUGAUGUUCACCAUGGUCCUGGUGACCUUCUCUAUUGUCACCAGUGUGUGUGUUCUCAACGUGCACCACCGCUCACCCACCACACACACCAUGCCUCCCUGGGUCAAGCUGGUGUUCCUCAACAAAUUGCCUGCGCUGCUCUUCAUGCGCCAGCCCCGGAACAGCUGCGAGCGUCAGAAGCUGCGCCAGCGACGGAGGGGCCAGGAGCAGAGGGAGGGGGGCAGGGAUGGGGGCUCCGCCGGGGGGCUGAUGGUGGGCCUAGGGCUGGGGGGCGGAGGGGGUGGCACGGAUAACAACGACCCCUGUACGUGUUACGUGAACCGGGCGUCGGUGAAACAGUUUGUAGGGGAGCUGGGAGGGGGCGCGGGGGGGGGAGGGGGGUCGAUGGAGGGGCUGAACGGGCUGAGGGAAGGCAGGGAGGGGGGGCAGGGGAACCGGCCUAGGGGGAAACAGGUAGGAGGGGGCCCAGCCCUGACCCAGGCCGUGCUAGGACAAGCCUGCCCUGGGUUGGAGGAGGCUGUCGACGGGGUCCGUUUCAUCGCCAACCACAUGAAGACUGAAGACGACCACCAGAGCGUGAGCGAGGACUGGAAGUAUGUUGCCAUGGUGAUCGACCGUCUCUUCCUGUGGAUCUUUAUAAUUGUGUGUGUGUCCGGAACGGUCGGGAUGUUCCUCCAGCCACUUUUCCAGAACUACACUGCCAAGACCAUCACCAACACCAAUGGCUGACCAACCAGGUGCCCAGCAGCAUCGAUGGACACCGCCCCGACCCAAUCAGCACAGCAGGACAAGGGCAGGAGGGAGGGACCUGCCCAGUAGGGGAAGUGGGUUUUAUUAAGUCUGUGGAACUAAAUUGGACAGAAGCCACACCUGUUAACCUUUAUAGCCUUUCUACUGAACUGUUUCCAGAGGAGGGAUAAAUGGAUGAACAACUCUUCCCUUUUUCCCAGAGGAAGGUGGAGUUAUCACUAACAAUCUCUAAAUUGUUUGACAUCCUGUAGAACGCUACGCCAGCCAAUCAAUGCUCUUCAUUCCAAGCUGACUGUGCAAGCUUACUGAGAGUAUAUCGUCGGCACCUUCAACUGGUACAGAACUUAAUGCUUCAGUAACAGAACCUUGAUUGGAAACUGUGUCAACCAAUCAGAAAAAUGUAAAGGCAAGUGGGGGGUUGUCAAGGUUCAUAAUUGUUUUUCCAAGCCACUUCUGUUAAGCCAACUGAUAGUACAGUACAGUAUAUUUUACCAUAGCAUAGCAGUGUACCACAGUAUAGCUUUGAAUAUUAUUGCAAUUUCUCGGUGUCUGUUCCUGAUAGAAAGGUAGGGUGCAGUGGUUUGUUGUAUGAUUCUCUAGGCUUUUAAACAAGAAUGUGAU